AUGUCGCUUGCUAAGAGGAACAACGGCUGUUACGAGUGCUGCAAGAGACGUCUUAGGUGUGACAAGACAGAGCCCGAAUGUCUCAAGUGUCAGAAGAAAGGCAUUUCCUGCUCCGGGCAGGGUCUGCGGUGUAGGUACAGCAGUCAUAUGGCUGUUGACUCCGUACCUGGAGCUGGGAAGCCUUUGACUUUGACUUUCAUCUCGUCAUCGACGCCGGCGGAAACUCAGUCUGGGAAGAGUUUGAGAUGGGUUGAUUCUGCGCAGAGGGUGAGAAAGGAGAGGGCGAGGAAGACCAAAGGACGGGCUGCUUCUGAUAGUCCGACGUCGUCGAACCCUCCCGACUCGGCGUCUUCUGAUGAUGCUACGUCGCCGUCGUCGGAUGACUCGGCUUCUGAAUUUGGUGGUGUUGUUAUGCCGUAUCGAUAUGGUGUUACGAUCCAUCCUGCGCUGAAUGAAGCCUCGAAUGCCCAGACAAGGAGGUUGUUCAGUCAUUGUAAGUUCCAGCUCCUCUUUAGAGUCACCACGCUAACGCACGAAGUUUCUGAGAUCAUCGCCGGACACAUGGUGGUUCUAGACUCAUUCUCCUUCAGCAACGGAUACCGAGACGUCAUCCUACCGCUCGCUCAACAAGAUGAGAACCUCGCACAAGCUGUAUCAGUCGUCUCGGCGUUUCACCUAGGACAACGGGAUCCACGAUUACAACGUAUCGCUGAAGCAGGUCACCAGGCUAUUGUCCAGAAGCUACGGCGAGAUUCACUUCAACUUAGUCCCGAACAGCUCUUCAACCCAUAUAUCCUUGCGACAAUCUUGGUACUUUUGGUUGGUGAAACGAUCACUGGCGCCGACAACUACAGAUACCUCCUGGAGAUGCUCAACUGCCUCACACAAUAUCCGGACUGGAUAUCAAUGCUACCGCCAAGCCUGAAGGACUUUUUCCUUCAGCAGAUCAAGAUGUUCCAACUCUUCGGCGUCCCCCUAGCCAACGAAUCGAAAGGCCUCCAAGUCCUGACCGGCCCAGAAGCUUACCUCGACUUCAUGGCCUACCCCGAACUCCCCCCACAUUCCGAGCACUUCACCAACAUGGAGACGAUCCGCUCCGCCAUCUUCGACGCAUGCAGCAUCUACCGGCGCCGCGCAGAAUCCUCCCUCACCGACGACGAGUCCAUCCAUCUCGUCGAGCAACUACGUCUCAAAGUCCUCAAUCUCGACAGUACCACGAAAGGAGCACACGCCCUUGUGUGGACGUACUUUAUCGCUGCAGCGGAGAGUAUCCUUCCGGAGCAUAGGAAGUUCUUUGCGGGGAGGUUGGCGGAUUUGUAUAGUAUUACGAAUUUUGGAAGUAUUCCUGUUGCGGUCAAGGCGUUGGGGACGAUUUGGAGUUUGCAGGGGACGAGGAGGUGGACGGAGAUUGUUAGUAGUGAGACACCGAUUCUUAUUAUGUAA